AUGGCCUUUGGUGGUUGUGUUGUGCUCUUCCUCUUGACGACAAUAUUUGGAUUUGAACUUGUUCGAGGAAAUGAUACUGUAAGAUGUUACAAUAAUACAAAUAUUAUAGUCUUUUCAUAAAGUGUGUGGACUUUUUUCGCCUUUUAUUUCGAGCACUGUGCGUUAACGACAACUAGGGAAAAAAUUCAAAAAGCACUGUGCGUUUGCGAUAUUCGAAAAACUCUCCAAAUGUUUUUACACCAUGAAAUCACCAUGAGCGACGUGUCACACCUGCGCCAUGCAGACGUGUCAAGGCCAGAGAUUGCCACGGUCAAAAUUUUGGCUCCGGCUCCGGCUCUUAGCUCCCAGAGCCGGAGCCGAGGCCAAAUUUGCAGCUCCGGCUCUCGGCUCCCAUGAAAAACUUAAAAAGGUCUGCGGCUCCGAAUCCCGGCGCCCGUGCAAAAAUUUUUUAAAAAUAUUUUUCCAAAAUAAACGUUAUUAGAGAUCAUACACCCAACGUUUUUGCAACCAUUGACUUCCCGGUAUUUUUCAAGCAAUUUGGUUUAACAAGAUCACGAAAUUUUUACUUUUCUGAACGCUGAGAAGCCGGGCUCCGACUUUGGGCUCGGGAGCCGCACCCAAAAUUUCCGGCUCCGGCUCUGGCUCCCGGCUCGGAGCCGGAGCGGCUCAGAGCCGGAGCCAAGAGCCGGCUCCGGGGCCGUGGCAAAUCUCUGGUCAAGACUCUUUGUCCAAGCAGUCAAUAUGUCGGGAAAAUAAUGUGGAAUUGCCGCAGCAAAGUGUCUCGUCGCAGUUGCGCACUAAAUCCCAAGGCGCGGCAAGCCGUCGCAAAGCGAUGAUGGACGAUUCCAAGGAGCGAAAAAUUCACAUUAUUUUCCCGACAGACUGUAUUUAUGCCGCAAUUUUCUUGCCGGCGUUCAGAUUUCCGAUGUGAUUCAAGUCCGUGCAAUCCCGUUCAAUUACACUCUCUAUGUGGCGUUCAAUUUGGUCGAUCUUGAGAAGCUGAAGGAAAUGGCGACAAAAAUCAUUGGAGUAAGAUUUGAAUCAAUUUUUACUGAGUUUGGCUUGCAGAAUUGAUUCGAAAGACUUAUUUUUCAGUUGUCCAAGAAAGAUGAUGAACUACUCAACCAAUAA